CAAGGUUUCUGAGGUGGUGCGAUCUGGGCUGGGUGGCAUCUUCUCUCACGGAUGCCUCGAUCUAUUUCAGUAUUUCCAGAAGAAAAGAUUAAAGGGGAAUUAUCAAGAACAGCUUCUUUUUUGAAUAGUAAAAAAUAAAAUGGCCACAACCUUGGCUCUUCAGACUGAGUUGAUCCAGGGAGGACUUCUGGCAGUGAAGGUAAAGGAAGAAGAGAAGGACCGUGCCUGUGGGCGAAAAUCUGGCCUGUCAAGAAGUAACCUUCAUACCAGAGAGUUCUUCCGCAGACGCUUCAGGCAGUUCUGUUAUCAGGAGACCACUGGUCCCCGGGAAGCUCUUCAAAGACUCCAGGAGCUCUGCCAUCAGUGGCUGCGGCCUGAGAUGCACAGCAAGGAGCAGAUCCUGGAGCUGCUGGUGCUGGAGCAGUUUCUGACAAUCCUGCCUGAUGACCUGCAGGCCUGGGUGAGAGAGCACCACCCUAUGAAUGGAGAUGAGGCAGUGGCUGUGCUGGAGGAUUUGGAGAGAGAGCUGGAUGAACCAGGAGAGCAGGUCCCAAGUCAUGCUCAUAAACAGGAAAUAUUUGUAAAAGAGAAGGCAACUCAAGGAGCAGCCCAGGAGUCAUCAAGUGGCCAAUUCCAAAUCUUGGAAAAGCAGCUGCAGUGUAACUUACCAGAGGUGUGCCGGGUUCAAGACACUGAUGGUAAGGCUGGUAACUGGAAUGUGGAGUUAGCUUCCGCAAAAGAAAUUUCUAAAGAAAUGAAAUCUCUCAUAGAAGUACCUGGAAAACUGAACAGUGAUGUUACUAAAGUGUCAGAAUGUAGAGACACCUGUGACCACGAGGGCAAAUUGGAAAAGCAACGGGUAAACUCUUCAAUAGAGAGACCCUAUAUCUGUGGUGAAUGUGGAAAAAGCUUUACCCAGAAUUCUAUCCUUAUCGAGCACCAGAGGACACACACAGUUUACAGUGAAUCGGUGAGGUGCAUCCUAUCAUCAUUUCAAUUUUGUAGCUGAGAAAACUGAAGAGAAGUUUUUGUCACAAGCAUGGAGCUUGAGUUGACUCCAAUGCCAACAUUAUUAUCUCUAAUUCUGUAACCCAGGUUCUG